AUGGUCCGAGAAACGAUCAGCCGAUCUCAACAUGCGGCGCAGUCCAAAACUGAAGAAAAGUUAGAGGCGGGGCGACAACACCGGCUCCAACGGGAAGCGCAGCUGCUGGAAGAGGCAAGGAAAAAGAAAAUGCAGCACUGGAUAUGGAGAGGGAAGUGGGUGAAGUUGAGAACAAACACCAGGCGGCGAUGGAAACCAAGGAAGUGCUGGAUAAACAGAUACAGGGUAUACAACUUGUGCAACAAGAAGCAGAGAGAUUGCCUGCUGAAGAGGUCGUGGAGUUGGUUACACUCCGCGAACAACUUAGACGCGAAGAGAUACAAAACCACAGCCAAAUACGAUAAGCACAGCGAGAAAACCGUCUUCCAAAGGAACGUUCACGAGCGUUUCAAACAAAAACUGAAAAUCCACGAAGACACAAUCCAAGUCUGCCGCAAUAAACUCAAGCUCUUGCUUUGUGCAGAGGAGCAAGAAUUUAUCCGGGAAACCAUCAUUCAACGACAACAAGGACUGGCUUUGAAACUAGAAGAAAUGAGAAUGAACGCUGUGAAACUAAAGGCGCAACGAGAAGAAGAAAGGAUGAAAAUAGUGGAAGAGAAACGCAAGCUGCAGUACCGGAACGAAUGUAAGGACAUCCGACCCGAAAUCGUGAAGCAAAACCUCAUAGACACGAAGAAAACGCAGCUGCAGCAGAUAAAAGAGAACGAAAUGCGAAGAGAGGCGGAGAGGGAGCUCAACAGUAUGUGGUACGACCUCAUGGUGAAGGAACAACAAGCUAAAGCUGAAAGCGAAAUGCAAACCUUGCUGAAGAAGGACCUCACCCAGAAAGAAACUAUGCAGACGUGGGAGAAACAAAUCCUCGGCAAGCAACUCCUUAAACAAGAAGCGGGAAAAAUCGCAGUUGAAGACCGCUUAGAAAUGAUCAAACUCCAAGAGGAAAUCAAGCUCGAGCAAAUGAAAACCCUGGAGUUGAAGAAACGAAAACGCGAACAAGUGGCGAAGGAGCUCAAGGAGCAGAUUCUCCUCCAGGAGAAGUACAUAGCGCAGAGGAAGACCGAAGAGGACGCUCUAAAUAAAGCUAUGGCUGAGUUGGCGAGUCGCGAGAUCGAGCGCGAGGUGCACGGGAUUCAAGUGACCACGGCCAAAGCCAGGCGCGAGGCUGCGAUUUAUCGCCAACACUUGAAAGAACUAGAGGAGGAAAGAAAGAAGGAAGAUGAGCAUUUGAGGAGAGUGCUGGCAGAGCACAAGAAGUUAGUUGAAGAGAAGCAAGAGGAGGCGUACUGUAAGUUGAAGAGGGCGAAGGAGGAGCUGCAGAAGAACGUGUUGGCCGAACGGGCACAACAAUUAGAGUACAAGAAACAAGAAGCUGAGAAGCAGUCGAAGUUGAAGCAAGCCGAGAACGAGUUGAUUAGAAUGACGUGCGAGACCAAUGAGAGGUUGCAGGCGGAGAGUGACAGAUUGCAGGCGGAGCAAGUGAAGGAGUACAGGGAGGAGUUGAAGAGGCAGAUGGAAUACACGAAUGAGAAGAGGAAAUUGGAAAAGGAGCAGCUGCAGCGAGACUUAGCAGAGACUUAUGCCGAAGAGGAACGUCGGCGACAAUACAUCUUGGAGCUGGUGAGGGCACAGGCGCCAGAGCACGUGCAUCCUUUUCGACGUGUUUUGACUAAGCAAACGUGUCCUUGUACCAGUCCGACUGACAAUAAAUAA